AUGACUUCACCAAUGUUCAAGGGUGGGCUUACCCCCUCGAAUAGUGCCCUCGCCGACAAGACCAAGGUUUUCCGCAAACCCACCCCAGAUAGCGACGCCAUCGCUUCGAGCGACGAUGAACAUGCGCCAACCGGCACAAACCGCGCUCCACCACCCAUGCUCACACCAAGUGGUCGUCGUCCGUCCUCUGGCUGGUUGCAGGACAUCCAGCCUAACCGCAAAUACUCUCUGCCUCCUGUGUCCUUGGGCACCGCGAUUUCUCUGCAGACUCCGCCCGGCUUGGAUCUUCCAGCGACGAGCCGGCCACCUACGUCUUCUUUGGCCUGGAAUACGUCAAGCUUCACCUCACAAUCGUCCAACCAUCCCAAGGACGUUGUCCCUUCGCCAACGGCUAGGAAACAAUCUCUCACCGAAAGGCCUUCACUCUCCUUUAUGAGCGAAGGAGAAGAUGGUGUUGGUUUCUUGUCAAACCAACAGAACCCGAACCCGAUGAGGAAGUCUGGCCGCUCUCAAUCCUACAGCAUCGCCCACGCCGACCUCGACACGAGCCCAAUUGGGCAGUUUGCCGCUCGACAUCGUGCUGUACUGCGCCAUAGGCCGUCGAAGCCCAGUCUGCUAAGUGGUGAAGGUCUUUCGCAGCUCCGAGAGGAUGAAGGGGACGAGCUUGGCGCAAACGGAGACAAUAACAGCUCCUUCCCCUCCGCUUCGUUGGUGCAAGCAGCGGAAGCAAACGCUGCAAACCCGCGUCACCGCCCCGCCGUCAGCAUCCCUUCCAUGCAAUCUCCGCUUGAGGCUUUUGCUGCUGCUCACAAGGCUGCGCUCGAGGCUUCAAUCGAGCGAGACCGCGAGAUUGCCAUCGAAGAGCCAGACGAUCACGAGGCUCAAUACAACCUGCACAUGCCCUUGGGCCGACGUUUCAGCGAAUUUAAUGCUACGGGAGGCCGCGGUUACCUGGGACGCAGCUCUAACAUCGAGAAUCGAAGCGCAAACCUUUGGGGAGACAGCAUGACCCGUCGCCAUUCCUUUGCGACGCCUUCCACUCACCAGAAUUUGUACAUGCCCCCAUCCAUGACCUACAACGAGGAGGAAGAGGAAGACGAGGCGUCCCCGCUCCAGGAAUCCCCCCCUCCAGAGGAGCCGUUUGAUGCCGGUGCGUACUUCAGCGGCCUGGGACCGGCUUCUCGUGCCAUCAAUGCUUCGGCGGUGUCGGCCGCUCACCCCGACCCUGUGAUCCCGCGUCCGUCAUCUGGCAGUCUGGCUGCGUAUCCCGCCCCCGGCCCUCAAGGGCUAGGAGUCGGUCGCCCGCAUCGACAGUUCCACGUCGUGACGUUCAAGUGCUCUCGCGCCGACGUCUACUUCACGUAUGCGGACACGGGCCUUGAACUCCGUCCUGGCGACUUGGUUGUCACUGAGGGAGACCGCGGCCAUGAUUUGGGACAAGUGAGCCACGCCAACGUUCCGCUCGAGGAAGCGCGCCGCCUCAAAGCUGAAGCCCUCGACGAGCAUUUCCGCUGGCUCUGCAUGUUUUCGCAAUACUCACUUGCCGGCUCAAAAGAGCACAACAUGCUUGGGGCCUUGGCUCGUGCAAAGGGAUAUCCAAAUAUGAGGCGCGAGAGUCUGACGAGUAUGGGUGGGCAGCAGGACAAUGACAACAAGCCAAAGAUGAUCAAACGACUUGCCCAACAUCACGAGAUUCAGCGUUUGCGCGACAAGGAAGGGUUGGAGGCAAAGGCGAAGCGCUUGGGCGCACAGAAAGCCGUCGAGCACAAGUUGCCCAUGGAGAUCUUGGAUGCCGAAUUCCAAGCCGAUUAUCACAAGUUGACCUACUUUUAUUACGCAGAGGCCUAUGUCAACUUCAAUCCCCUCAUCGUCGACAUAUUCAAGCAGUACAAGAUUCGUAUUUGGAUGUCCGCCGUCAACCCAGCAUCCGUCGUCAACCCCGCCGGCCUCAUGCAGAUGCAGCCGCCUUCGGCGAUCGGUCCAGGGGCCAUUCUGCCUCCUCGUUCGAAUGCGCCCGCCGCCGUUGGCCCUGGAUUCGGACACAGCAAUUAUCGCCACAAUGACCGUCAGCGUGGCCGUGGUAAUGCGAACACAUCUCAGGCGCAAUACGACCCCAACUACAAUGCAUGGACGAAUCCCCUUGGUACCUAUUCGCCUGCACAGUUUGGAGGCCAACCCUAUGGUCCAUAUACCGGAAACCAGGAGUAUGGCAGGCAGCAAAUGCAGUAUGGUGGAUACUGGCCGGAGGCGACAUACUCGAGUUCCCCAGCUUUCGGUCAGCCUGUUUCCGGACCCGCAUUUCGAGGUGGGUAUCCAGGUCCCAUGGUUUCUGGGCCUGCUGGGGGAUAUGGGGGAGGGUAUGCGGGUGUGGGUGGUGCUGGGAAUGGAUAUGGGGUAGGAGGCUUUGGUGGACUGCAGAACCCCAACUACCAAUCUACUGCAUCUGGAUCCGGUGGUUGGGAGCCUGACAUGGUGGCUUCCAUGGGAAAUCUUUCGCUGGGAGGAACUGGGGGUGAGAAGUGA